AUGAAGUUCGGGGAGAACUUCUAUCAGAGGUCGGUCCCCGAAUGGGCUCCGUACAACUUCAACUACAAUGGGAUGAAGCAGCUCAUCAAACAACGGACAUCCGCCAAUCUGACCGGCCCCGUGGAAAUACCUGUGCAGGGCCGGAGUCGAUGGGAGGAAACAGACAAGGUCUUGCUGAACCAUUUGCGAGACCAGUAUGACAAUGUUACUCUGUUCCUGCGGAUGAAGCGGGGAGAAAUCGAACGACGACUGAGCUCUCUCAAAAAGCAGAUCGCAAUCCUCCGGACAUUUGCCGACGAGAGGGCUUUGGAGGGCAAUGCUGCCACCGGGAUCCGGGGUCGUAAGUAUCGACGACUCACCCAGGAAUGCGAAGAGCUCGGGGACCUGAUUCAAAAAGUUGCCCGCUUCGCAUCUGCCCAGAAGAUUGCUUUCCGGAAAAUCCUGAAGAAAUAUACGAAGUGGACGGGCUCGACCACCUUGCAGACUCGCAUGGACGUCGAGGUCUUCUCUUCGAACCAGCUGCAAACGGAUUACUCGGACUAUCUUCAAGAGUUGGCUGAACAGACCGCCAUACUGACCGAGAAAAUGGCCAGUCCAAUAUUUUCAAAGCAUCACCAAGAACAAUCAGCCGUCCAACCGCAGAAUAGAACUUCUGCGUCGAGCCUACGCUCCCCCAUAGCUAAAAUCAACAGUGCUCUGAACCAGGCCCCCUCAGCCUUUGAUGCCGCCGUCAUGACGGUUCCGUAUGGCGAGGCCGCCGGCAGUGCCUUCUAUUGGAUUCACCCAGACAACCUCGAUGAGGCCCGUGCCCUGGUCCAGAGACACAUGAAGAAGGGUGACUCCCUCGCUCCUACCCCCUCACGGACGAGCUCAGAUGCAUCACUAGUAUCACGGAGAAACACAUCUUUCAGUACCUCCAAUAGCAAUCUCACGUACAUGGUGUUCUUUGACAACGCGCAGAGGUUUGUGCAAGACCAAAGCUCUGUUAGACCCUCGAAAAUUGCCCUGAGCGCGUACUGGACCCAUGAUAAAGACGCUGCGGUCACUCUCGCUGGGCUCUCGCCGACUUCGUCUGGUGAGAGGACUGUGCUCCUCGACCGCGAAGACCUCGGCACGGCUUUAGAGAGGGAUUCGCACCUCACAAGUGGUUCGAGAGAAGCCACCACAAUUCAGCGGUAUCUCCUCGAGCACCGGGAUGUCAAACCCUUGGCUGAAGUACAAACACACCGUACGCGUUACUCUGGUAUGACCAACACCUCCGAAGUUGCGAAUUGGGCGACUCUCGACACUUCGAUCACUUUUGGUGCCGUGGACAUGCAACAACUCGGGGAAUUACAACCAUUGCUCCCAACCAGUAACACUUUCCCGCAUGCCACAUUGCACAUCCGUUGGGAAUUCGCACGGACGCCAGCCGUCGUACGCGCACUGGAUGACUCGCAUUUGGCGUACCGAGUUCAUGAUUUUACUCUAGAGGACAUGGCCAUUCGCACAGUUCAGAAGGACCUCCCCCCCUCACCUUGGCAAUCACUACUGGAAAAGGACAUCACGAAGUUGCCUCUUCCCACCGUGGGUGAGACCAGCCACUUCUUCCGGCUCAGAACCACCAAUCGACUCCGGGUUAAUGCAACCGAUAUGAGUGGUACGUCCUCGGGCCCAUCCUCGAGUGAAGGCCGUGCAGACAGUCUCUUCUCUACAACUACCCAUGGACAAUCCUCCAUCACGUCCAACGAAGCUCGACCACCCGAAGCCCUCACUUCUCCUGCCGAAUUUAAACCGUCGUCGGCCAAAAAAGCACCGAAGCGAGCACGUAUCGUGGUCCCUGAGCCAGUUCCUUCCCAAAUGAGAUACUGGAACGAGUUUGACGAUGGCGACUCUGAUGUCAAUCCUCAAGAGUCGUAUGCGAUCUACGUGGAUCCGAACGAGCCCGUUUUCCCAGCGCUGUCCAAAGCGUGGGGUAGCGUGAAGUCCUGGUUGCCACUGAAGUCCCUGAGUGGAGGGAGCAAGUCUGCGAGCGAGAGAACGCCGUUAUUGUAUGAUGAAGAAACGGCAUCCGUCGAGUCAUCCGACUCGGACUCGCUGUUGAUUGUGCACGAGGGGCAACUGCGCCGUAGUUUUGUUUGGGGUCUGAUCGGCGGCUUGAGUGCUGCAUUUGUUAUUGGUUUUGCACUUGUGCUGUUUAUAUGUUUACAAGCGUGA